GAUCAGUUCAAAUGUCGCUGAUCUCUCUUAGUUUUGCAUUAUUGCAAACUCUCUUGAUGAUUAACUCAUCAGUCGAACAGUGUGGACAAGCGAACGAAAAGCAGUUCUUCAAUGGACAGUUGCUUCUCGGCGAUAAUGAAUACCCUUGGAUAGGAAUAUUGCGAGAAGAGGACGAAAGCAAAAUCCUCUGUAUAACGAUACUCAUCACACCACGUCAUGUUAUUAUGCCAGCGCAUUGUGUAACUGACCACGUUCACUCGAUCACUUUUGCUAACCCUCUACUGGGUAAAGGAAAUAACGAAGUUUCCUACCAACUCGAGGAAGUGGCUAUCCACCCAGACUAUGCCUUAAUUACAGAUAGCGACAUUGCAGUUGGUACUUUGGACAGAAACGUGUCGGACGUUCAGCCCAUUUGCAUGCCAUCAAAGGAUGAGCCUCAAUAUUUUGGCUACAGUCUGGAAAUGAUUGGUUCCGCUUUUGAGCGACCACAUCUUCGUAUAAAAAGCCAAGUGCAUCUUGGGACUCCAGAUUUUUGUUCGGAUCUAUUUCAAGGAAACCAUAGAUUUGCAUCGAAUGAUAUUUGCGGCUACUUAACGAAGAAAUUCUUAGCUGGUAGCGCUGUAAUGGCUGCCCACGUGUCCGAAGGAAAACCAAGCAGCAUUAAAUUCUAUUUAAUCGGAAUUAUACUCUAUGAAGUGAGACUUGCUAAUCGUACGGAUGUCACCAACUUAUUCUUAUAUGUCAAACAUUACAGAGAUUGGAUUAUGCGAAAUUCUAUUGAAUAA